UUUAAAGUGUUUAUUUUUUAUGAAAGUGCAAAAAUUAUGUUUUUGAAUUAUUUGUGUGUUUAAAAAAAGGUUGAGCAAAAAAAAAAUGUUACCCCAAAUGAGUAAAUCGUUGAAUAGCGGUAGCGAUGCUACGGAAUGUAUUAUGAAUGAACGUAUUCCGGAUGGGAUUAGUGUUGAGGAUAUUUGGAGUCAGUUACAGCAGAAGGAAGCGGAUUUAAUAUUAGCCGCGGAAUUGGGUAAAGCGUUGUUGGAACAAAAAGAGGAGCUACAACGUCAACAUGAUGUCACAAUCGAAGAAGUCACUAAAAAAUUAGAGCAAGUGGAACAAGAUCGACAUCUAAUCAAACGCAAACUAACAACCGUUGAAUCCGAUUAUGAGGCACGUAUACUCGAAUUACAAAAUGAUCUCAAGGAAUUAAAUGAACGAUACGAUACACGUGAAGUCAAUUACAAGCGUUGGGAACGGGAUCAAAACGCACUCGUCCAAGAAUUAAAUGCACAAAAUCAACGAUUAACUGCACAGCUAAAUGAUGCAAAACAAUUAGAGAAUCAGUUAACAGCACAAUUAGAACAAUUACGUGAACAAAGCACGUUACGUAAAGUGAGCUUAAGUGAGCAAGCAAGUAGCUUAGAUGCAUUACGAGAUGAACUACACUUAGCGAAUUCACAACGACAAGAAUUAGAGAAACGAUUAAUUGCAUUCGCUAAUGAACGCGAAUCAUUAACGGCUACCUUAGAAGAGGCUGAAGAUCGUAUCUUAGCGUUAGAACGGCAUCGACGUGAACAAGAUGCACAAUUACAGCUAGUACGUCGUGAAUUAGACCAUACACGAUUAUUGGGGAAAAUAUCUGAACCAAUUUCAGCACCCACAAUGGUUACUAAUGGUCCACGAUCAAUUCUUGCCGAAAUGGAAUGCGAUGAAGCUGGUGCCGAUUGGCGAGCUGUUUAUAGACAGUUACGAGAAUUAUGCCAACAGUUAAAAUCACAACGCGAGGAUGAUGAUUCUGGCAUGCAUAGUGAUUGUUCCUCCGCGUCUUUAGAUGGUGAUCGGCCUGGAGGCGCUGCUGUUCUAGUCGAAGUUGGUCAAGAACUAGUUAGAUUAGUAUUAGAUACAGAUACCGUAAGACUGUUAGAACGUUUAGAAAGUGCACGUCGUGAAAUUCGUGAACGAGACGAUGAACUGUGUCGACGUGCGGAUACGAUACAUGAAUUAGAGAGUCGUGUAUCUGUUAAAGAAGUUGAAUUACAAGCAGCGAUCGAAGAACGUGAUCGAGCACGAACUGAUGUAUCACAAUCGAGUCUAGCACGAGAUGAUGUUGUACAACAGGCGCGAGAAGUACGUGAUGCCGCAGUUGCACGACGAAAUAAAGCUGAAGUGGAACUUGCACGAACACGUGUGGAUCUUAUGCAAGCUAACAGUCAAUUAUUGGAAGCUAUCCAACAGAAAAUUGAAUUGUCACAACAGUUAGAUCAAUGGCAGAUGGAUAUGCAAGAACUAAUUGACGAACAAAUGAGAAACAAAUUGAAGGAGUCAAGAACACGACAAAUUACAGAACCUCCACAAGCACCUGAACGAACCAAACGAAGUAGCCGCCUAUUAAAUUUAUUCAAUAGAUGACGAUGAAUUUAAUUCGUAGUAAUUUUUUAUUAGUUGUUUUGUAUAGCAAAAAAAAAACAU